GAUGCACCAUAUGACACCCCAAACACCACCACGUUCUGCAGGCCUCAGCAGGAAGCCCAGAAGAUCUUCAAGGCAAAUCACCCCAUGGACUCCGAGGUGACCAAGGCCAAGCUCCUGGGCUUCGGCUGCGCCCUGCUGGACAAGGUGGACCCCAAUCCCGAUAACUACGUGGGCGCCGGCAUCAUCCAGACCAAGUCGCUGCAGGUCGGCUGCCUCCUGCGGCUGGAGCCCAACGCCCAGGCCCAGAUGUACCGUCUGACGCUGCGCACCAGCCGGGAGCCCGUCUCGCGGCACCUCUGCGGGCUGCUGUCCGAGCAGUUCUGAGCCCGGGGCUGCGGCCGGCUCUGGGGGGUGUCUGCACCGAGCCCCCGCCCCGUCCUGUCGUCGUGGUAACCGUGUUCUCAUCGCCUGGCCCGUGGGGGCCCAGCGCUUCGGACGGACCAAGGGGGCCCCCCCCGGUGCGGGCCCCCCAUUCCCCCAGGAGGGGCCCUUGGGAGCUGCCUUUCCGGGGGGCGGGAGCAGCUCGUGCCCCUGGUUCCUGGAUUAGUGGGGUUGCCCCCAUUCUCUGGGCCUGGGGGGGUUGGAGUGUGUCUGUUUACACUAAGUCCCCCCCUUGUGAGCUCCGUGCCCCCUAAGUCCCCCCCACCUGCACAAAGAGGGAGGGAACUCAAAGGGGGGGAGCAGGGCUGCCCCACCCUGGCAGCUCAGAGCAGCUGGGGGGGCUGGAAAUGCUCCCCCCCAGCCCUGACCCCCUCAACCUGGGGCUGGACCAUGGGUGGGGGAGGUGUGGGGGCUGCCCUCCCCCCAAAAGGGAAGAUGUUACACGAGGGGGGGGCUGCAUCUCCUGUGUCUCCCCCCACGUGGGACCCAGCCCCUCUUGGCCUGAGCCCCACCUGGGGGGGAAGCGGUGGGGAGGACCAUGUGACUUGCCGUUCUAGGUGUUUCUAGCGUCCCAUCGUCUGCGGAGCCGAGCGUGUGUAUCGAUCUCCAUGUGACUGUAAUAAACGGGGGGUCGCCCCCCCAUGCCACCC